ACUAUUGAAGAAUUCACUUUACUACAGCUUUAAAACAUAAAUAUGUGGUUAAUAUUAUUUGUUGGGAGCCUGAUCACUUCCUUCGCAACGGCGCUCUAUACACCGAUAUGUGCCGAAGGUGGUUUACCCGUGUGUGCCACGAAUGGUGUAGCAUAUCUUUACUUCGAAAACGAAUGUAGACUGAAUGCUUAUAUUUACAAGCAAAUUUAUCUUGGACAGCGAGUUCCCAUUAAAACAGAUUUAGACAACUGUUUACUGAAUUGUCAUGAAAUAGUCUGUCCAGCCUUGUUUAAGCCUGUUUGUGCUCAGCAAGUUCCAGGUGGACCUACGCGUACCGUGCCCAAUGCCUGUCUCGUCAACCAGCUGAUUUGUGCAACUAAACGACACUGGAAAGUUAUCAGCGAAGGACCCUGUGCGCCAACAUUAAAGUCUACAUCAUUAACAGGUGAAGAAUAUUCGUUUACCUCACCAACAUCUGAAGGUUAUAUUGCUUCGGAUCAGGGACCGAUUUCGACCUCGUAUAUUGCGUCAUCUUCAUACUCAACCUACUCCCAACCAGAUCCUUCGCCUUAUGCUGUUCAAGAUCAAAGUGAAAAUUAUAUUGUACCAGCUCCAGUUUCUGUGCCUUAUGGUGCUCCAGAUACAAUUCCAGUAGCAUCUACUUAUGACGCACCACAACCAGCUCCUUGCACAAGUUCUGCUUCCGAUGCUUCACUUUAUAAUGCUGCAGACCAGAGUAAAAGUUAUCAAGCUAGUGCUCCAGCUCCUGUUCCAAUCGCGGCACCUUAUGCUGCUCUUGAUCAAAGUCAAAAUUACGUUGGCCCUGCUCUUUCUGUACCAGUACCAGAAUCUUGUCCUUAUGCAACUGGAGCACCAGAUUUAGCACCGGUACCAUAUGCAGCUCAGAGCUAUGCAUUACCUGUAGAAGUUUCGAAAUCAUAUCCAGUUGCAGAAACAGCUCCAUCACCAUAUGAAGUACAGCAACUAGUUCCAUGUCCCAACGUGGUGCCAGAACCUGCUGCAGUAUCAACUCCUUGUACUGCCAUUGAUCAGAGUCAAAGCUACGUCGCAUCAGCACCGGCCCCUGCUCCUUAUGUAGCACAGAACCCUGCUCCCUAUGUUGCACAGGACUCAGCACCAGCUCCAUAUGAAGCACAACAGCCCCCACCAUGCCCUUACGCAUCACCAAGUCCUGCUCCCGCAUCGUUACCUUAUAUUGAUCAGAGUCAAAAUUAUAUCGCCCCAGCAGUACAAGAUCCAGUUGCAACUCAAUAUGAGGCACAGCAAACAGCACCAGCACCUUGUACAGCAAUUGACCCAAGUGCAAAUUAUGCUGUACCAGCUCCAGCUCCUGCUCCUUAUGCAUUACAGGUACCAGUUUCACCUCCUUAUGAAGCACCUUGCUCUGCAGACCCGGCUCCUGCUCCAGCACCAGCGCCUUAUUCAACACUUGACCAAACGCAAAGCUACCCUGUAAUAGCCCAAGCUCCUGCUCCUUAUGUAGCACAGGACUCGAUUCCAGCUCCAUAUGGAUCAGAACAAACAGCACCGGUACAGACAGUUUAUCCUAUUUCCAGUCCAGUCUCGAUACCGCCUUCUUAUGAUUUGCAACAACCAGCUCCAUGUCCUUAUGCGGAAGCAGCACCUGCUCCUGCACCUUUGCCAUGUGCUGCAAUUGAACCAAAUCCUGCGCCAUAUGUAAUUCCAAGUCCAGCCCUAGAUGUCAGUGAAGUACAACAACCAUCUUAUGUAGCAGCUGCAGCCGUUCCCGAUCCAGUACCAUAUGCUGCCCCAGAACAGACACAAAGUUAUGUUGCCUCUCCUCCAGUAAGUGUUCAUUGUGCAGUGCCAGCACCAUACGCAGCACCACAGUCGUCCCCAAUUGCUUAUUCAUCACCAGCAGCAGCUCCAGCGCCAUCACCUUAUGCAGACUCAAACCAAAAUUUCGGGGCACCAGCUCUACCUUGUGCGGAUGCAGAGGUACAACAAACAGCUGUCAACGUUUAUUCAGAAGCAAAUGCUGCACCUGCACCUUACGCUGCUGUAGAGCAGACUCAAAAUUAUGCAGCACCAGCACCUGCUUCUUCUUCCGCAACAUACUCAGAGCCUGCACCAGCUUUAGCUCCAUGUGAAAUUCAACAACCGAGUCCUUACAGUUAUGCAGCUCCUGCUCCAGCGCCUUAUGUUAGUCAACCUCCAGCGCCAGUCGCAGCCCCAGCUCCAACUCCAUAUGAAGUACAGCAACCAGCUCCAUGCUCUUAUACACCAAGUGAUUCAGUACCUGCUCCAGCUCCUGCUCCUGGUCCUUACGAAGCUCAACAACCAGCAACGUACCCAGAGCCUGCUCCUUCCUCAGCUCCAUGUGACACACUACAACCGAGUGCGUACAGUUUUUCAGCUCCUGCUCCCGCUCCUGCGCCUUAUGUUAGUCCAGAUCCAGUGCUAGUCGCAGCUCCAGCUCCAUAUGAAGUACCACAACCAGCUCCAUGCCCUUAUAUAGCUAGUGAUCCAGUACCCGCUCCAGCGCCUGUUCCUUACGAAACUCCGGAACCUACACCAUGUGCUUCUGCGCCUGCAGAUUUACCAUAUACAGCUCCUGAUCGGAGUCAAGUUUACCAAGCUCCAGCUUCUGUAUCCUAUCCUACUACAAAUCUUGAAACAGUACCGUCUUAUCAAGCGCAGUCACCUGCGACAUGUUCCUGCACGGCAGCAGGUAGUGCUCCAGCUUCUCCCGCACAAAAUCAAUAUACAGGAACUGUAACGAACUCACCGUUAUCAAGUGUUUAUUCAAGGCUGCCAGGAUCGUUAGAUUUAACGACACUUUUUCAACGACUACGCAGACGUUUUGGAAUAUUUGUUUACCGACCGAGAUAUACGCAUAUUAUAGUUAGAAAUUAGCUAUACAAACCAUAAUUUAUUUAUUAGUGAUAACCCAUAAUGGGUGCUAGUGUAGGCUUAAUAAUAAAA